AUGGCUCCGUUGAUAGGAACAUAUUCUGACAAACAUGGACGCAAAGCACCUCUUCUUUAUGCAAUGUCCGGCUUCCUUAUGUAUGCAACUAUUCAAUUAGCGGCUGUGUUAACGUACGAGUACAUCAAUGUUUAUUACUGGCUUUUUGCAGCUGAAAUACUAACUGGACUUACGGGUGGAAUGGGCAGCAUGCUUGGAACUUCGUUAGCCAUCGUU